UCGGUCUGGAGCUCCGGACAGGGUCCGGGUGCGUGAGCGGGGGACGUUGGGCUGCCGCAGUAAUGGAGCAGCGGAGCUGAGCACCAGGUUGUUCUCUAUUUUCAACUCAACCCCAAUGCCCUGUCUCCUGUUAAGAUGUCCUUAACCCUCACUGAAGAACAGAAGAAAAAGAUAGAAGAGAAUCGGUUAAAGGCUCUGGCCCGAAGAGCUGAGAAAUUAGCCCAGCAAAGUAAAAGCACAGGAUCAGGACCUCCCUCUUUCCCUAGGACAGUCCACCAGGGCAAUCACAGACAUUCAGGUGGCCCACAGGACUUGCCAGGAGAGUCGUCUAAUCUCUGCCCCAAUGCUGCUAAGACCAGUCAGCGGACUCCCCGUGCCCCACCUGCUGAAGACCCGGCACCUCAGGUCCCCCCAAGUUUUCAUCCCAAUGUGCCGGUGCCGUCAGCAGCAAAGGGAAGGGAGAUCAGUUCCAGCAGUCCUAUGGCUUUCUGUAAGCUCUCUCAUCCUAUAACACCGAACUCUCUAAAGCACACCAGCCAGCAGAAUUCUGGCAAGCUAGAUCAGGGUCAUACGUGCGUCUCUCAUCAAGCCGAGCCCGCAGCCUCCACCAGCUCUGUCCAUGGACCUUUGGGGGAGCCAGGGCAUUCCCAGGCUGCUGCCUCUGGACGGCUGGGCCAUCCAGCUAGACAGUCACUCAGUACCGCUGCGAGCCUCUCCGCCCCUCAUCCCGAACCGCAGGAUACAGUUGGACACUCCAGUUCCAUCCAUAAGAACCUUUCUGACUCGGGAAAUCAGCCCAAGGGGAAGAAUGGAAAGCUUCAGCAAGUUCUUCAGACCUCUCCUCGGAAGGCAUUUGGCUCUCAGGAAGGGAGAUGCACAAAGAAGGAGGGAGGCCGCUUCCAGGUGGAGAUUGGAUAUAAUUCAGAGCUUCUUGCUGUGUUUAAGAGUCUGCCCAGCAGAAAGUAUGAUCCUGCCACCAAAAUGUGGGAUUUCAGCCUAAAAGACUACAAGCCUCUAAUGAAAGCCAUCCAGCACCUUCGCACCGUCACGUUGCAGCCCUUGGAAGGACCCGACGUCACCGCCUCUGCUGUGAAGUCUUCAGAGUUGAGAUCCGGCGGUGAGGGGUCUCCGGAGUCCCCUCCUCAGCAGCUACUCAGGCCCCAGAGCAAGGGCCCUGCCAGCCUCCAAGGCCGAUGUGUGCUCAUCUCCCGAACCCGCUUUGAGGCAGACAUUGGCUUUUCCGAAGACGUGAUUGCGAUAUUUAAACGGAUGCCUUCCAGGAACUACGAUAUGAAGACCAGAAAGUGGAAUUUCCAUUUGAAAGAUCACAAAAGACUAAUGGAAGAGAUUCACCAACUUCCGGGCAUCCACCUGGAGCCUCUGCCUAAGGCAGUGGUCCAGGCUUUUGCCGGCUACCUCACAAAGACAUCUUCUCACCCGGAGGAAGUCCCAGAGGCCGACCUCUCCGCAGUGGAUCCCAAACUCGUGUCUAGUCUGAUGCCCUUUCAGAGAAUUGGAGUCAACUUUGCUAUCUCCAAGGGAGGCCGUUUGCUUCUCGCAGACGACAUGGGUUUGGGGAAAACGAUCCAGGCCAUCUGCAUCGCUGCCUACUACCGGACAGAGUGGCCUCUACUGGUGGUCACGCCUUCGACCGUGCGCUACACCUGGGAGCAGGCAUUCCACCGGUGGCUGCCUUCUCUCAGCCCAGACAGCACCAACGUGGUGGUGACCGGGAGGGACAGUUUGACAGCCGGCUUGAUCAACAUCGUUAGUUUUGACCUCCUCAGCAAGAUGAACAAAAAAUUACAGACUUCCUUCCAAGUCGUCAUUAUUGAUGAGUCCCAUUUCCUGAAAAACAUUAAGACGGCCCGCUGUCGUGCGGCGAUGCCCCUUCUCAAGGCUGCCAAGAGAGUGAUCCUACUGUCUGGGACCCCAGCCAUGUCACGGCCAGCAGAACUCUACACCCAGAUAGUUGCCGUCAAACCAUUCUUCUUCCGUCAGUUCCAUGACUUUGCGUUACGCUACUGUGAUGCCAAAAAGCUGCCUUGGGGUUGGGAUUAUUCCGGCUCUUCCAAUCUUGGGGAGCUGAAGCUUCUCCUUGAGGAGUCCGUCAUGCUCCGGCGGCUCAAGUCUGAUGUCCUCUCCCAGCUCCCAGCCAAGCAGCGCAAGAUGGUGGUGGUUGCUCUAGGGCAGAUGAGUGCCAAGACCAGAGCCAGCCUGGCUGCCGCAGCAAAGGAAAUGACCACAGAAAAGACAAGCAGGCGGCAGCAGAAGGAAGCCCUGCUCCUUUUCUUUCACAGAACAGCAGAAGCGAAAAUCCAGCCUGCCACGGACUAUAUCCUGGAUUUAUUGGAAAGUGGAAGAGAGAAGCUCCUAGUAUUUGCACAUCAUAAGCUAGUCCUGGAUGCCCUCAGUGAAGAGCUGGAGAAGAAGCACAUUGGCUACAUCCGAAUUGAUGGGGCCACAUCCUCAGCAGACCGCCAGACCCUUUGCCAGCAGUUCCAGCUGUCUGAGAAGUGCUCUGUGGCUGUCCUCUCCAUUACUGCAGCCAACAUGGGCCUUACCUUUUCGGCUACCGACCUGGUGGUGUUUGCAGAACUCUUCUGGAACCCAGGGGUAUUGAUUCAAGCUGAAGACCGUGUGCAUCGAAUUGGGCAGACCAGCUCAGUGACCAUUCACUACCUGGUAGCAAGAGGCACAGCAGAUGAUUACCUAUGGCCUCUGAUUCAAGAGAAGAUUAAAGUCUUAGGCCAAGCUGGGCUUUCUGAGACCAAUUUUUCAGAAGUGACCGAAGCCAGUGAUUAUUUCCACAAGGUAAUGCCGGGUUAUGGCUCCCUUGAUGCCGGGGUAGAAGAAGGCAUUGAGCUGCUUUGA